ACGGAACACACAGCGCAGUCAAUUAGGGGACUGUGCCUCUGGAGCCAUGAAAACCCCAAAAGCAUGGUUACAUUAGCCUCGCUGUGGUUGCCUGAGACUCGCAGGUUGGUAGGAAUCAUAUUGUGGGUGACGCUGUCAAUAGAGCACCCAUCCAGCGCUCUGAUGUCCAUCGGGAUGGAAAGGGGUUGAACGGAGAUACCUAGCUCCGACACCAGGGUAGUGUUCAUAAAGCUCUCGUCGGCCCCAGAGUUAAUGAGCACCCAGAUUGAUUUGGACUGGUCUCCCCACAACAGGUUAGCAUAGAGAGGGUUACAAUUAGUGAGAGAUUGGAACCUCCCCAUACAGCUCACCAGUGUACUCGUACCUACUGAUGAGCUUGGUCUUUUAAUGGGCAAGUAGAUAAGAAAUGUCCCAUAGCUCCACAGUACAGACAGCUCUUGGUGUUCAGUCCGCGUAAGUGCUCAGCAGGAGACAAUCUAGCCAUGCACAGUUGCAUGGGCUCCAGAGGAGGCGAGUCAACAGCCCUCUGUAAUCCGGGAUUCCUUGGAGGUGAGCUGGAAUUAGAGUGCGACAGGGAAACAGACCCUUUCUCCCUCCUGUUUUCCCGUAACCGUCCGUCGAUCCGGAUGGUCAAGGCUAUGAGGGAGUCGAGGUCCAUGGGCAGCUCCCAGGCUGCGAGCACUUCUUUAAUCACCUCUGAUAAUCCAUGAAGGAAGGUGUCGGAACAGGGAUUCCGGGUUGACAUAGUCGGAGCAGUUUACGCGCACCCUGUCUCCCUGACUUCGGAGAAUCAAACACUUUUUGUACCACCUCCAGACUGAGGCAAACGGUGGACUGUUGCUCCCACACAACCGCCAGUUCGUAAUAUCACGGCUCAGGCUAAGAUGCAGAUGCAGACACAGGAGGCAGACAGUACAAGUUUAUUACAGUACAUGGGGCAAGCCAUCGGUAGGUUAAGGCAGGCAAAGAGUUGUAAUCCGAGUCAGGCAGGUACAGGACGGCAGGCAGGGUCAGGACAGGCAGAAACUGGGAAGACUAUACAGGGCAAAUACUAGAGCACAGGAACACGCUGGUAGGACUUGACAGGACAAGACGAACUGGCAACAGACGAACAGAAAGCAUGGGUAUAAAUACACAUGAGCUAAUGGGAGACACCUGGUGGGUGUUGGAGACAAUUACAAGAUGGGUGAAACAGAUGUGUGUGACAAGCCUACACAAUCACUUUCAACUUUCAACUUUCAAAAGAAUUGCUGGUAUAAAAAAUAUAAUACAUCAAAUUAUCCAUGUAUUUUUUUCAAAGGUGGUUGCAAUGCAGUGAAACUUGUGUACUGCACUAACUAGUGUGUUCUUCCCAAAGUUUAGCAUGUCUUUCCAUGGCAACUGCCCAUUGUGAACUAACAAUUGUGCAAUGUGCAUAGAUACAGAAGUCUACUUUAAAAUGAUUUUCUAUGUUGAAUGUCUUGCUUGUGUUCUUGUUUGUCAUGUGGGUUAUCUUCAUUUAUGUCUCACUAAUGUCCAUAUGGCUCAUCUCAGCCAUGACUUUUGGAAGGGAUAUGUGAAAUAACCUGCACGGGCUCUUUCUGUCCUCUAAACAUCAGUACACGAAGUGAAUGCAAGUCUGUGAUACUGUAGUGUACUGGAGUUGACCUAAUUUCACAACGCUGAGUAAAAGAAUGAAAAUGUGAUCCAUUGACUUCACCAGCAUGCUGUUGUACGUUUGUCGUCUCUAACACUUUCCUUAUAUCUAGGCGAAUGAUGGUGGAUCAGCAUCAUUUCAUGGGGACUGGAUCAAAACGGGGAGAGGACCUUGUGUCUGCCUCUGAGCAGACCUCUUUGAAUUCUUCAAGAUGUUCCACCUGCGAAGGUGAUCAGCAGUGUUCGUCAGUACGUGGAGGCAGUGGCUGGUGUCACGGCAUUGCAUCCCACCGUCACAGCCUUGCGAGAACACUCUCAACCUUGGUAAAACAAGAGAGCACUGAAUUUGUAUAACACGUGAUAUAGGUAUAGGUGCAAGCACACCUGUAAAUGUCACCUCCACCAAUCACAACAAAAGCCACAGGGCAGAGAAUUAUGAAGUCAUCGACGAUAACGUCCGGUCCAUUGAUCACGGUGAGACACUCCUUAUAUUCCAAACACUAGAUUGUAUCUCUUGGCUGAGCGUUCUGUUCAAUCAGAAACCACUAACGAGGACUUUCCUGGGGCAAAACAAAACAUCACUUGAGUAAAAAUCGUUGUGUAUAUUUUCAUAGAGGGCUGUAGCACCAAAUGGAAUGAUAAUGAUGUAGGACCCUCCAGUUCCAACAAUCCCACCAGCAGCCAUGAGUAUCCAGCUUAAACAGCAGGCCGGUUCCCACCUCAGGGCCCCGAAGGAACGCCAUGUCAGAGAUCUCUCUCUGAAAAAGGACAAACUCCAGCAUCUUCUCCUGAAACUGGACACCAUGAAGGGCCCCCCGGGGCAAGACCCUAGAUGGCAAUACAGCCGUGGGAGUCUAGACAGGAUGACAGGGCUCAUGCAAUUCCUGGGGACAGACAGAGAGGCAGCAGGUGAGAGGACAGCCAACAACCACAUGGAGGACGGAGAGAGCAUGACCCCAGAGGAUGGUGACACCUGUGACCAUUCCCUGCACAGCUGUUGGCGCGGAAUCUUCCAGUCCAUCAGCUUCUCCUUCAGCCUGACUACUUCCUUCAUCAUAGAGCUGCUCAGCUUCAUCACACAGUAUGUCAUCAAGGUCUUCCCGGUUCUGCCUGUCCUGACCCUGAGCCUGCCUGAAUCUGCCUUGGAUUAUGAACCUCUGCCUGCCCCCGACCUGCCCUUUGCCUACCCCUUUGUUAUAAUAAAUAUUCUAAGAAUCAAACUGAGUCAUGUUACACACAGCACUUUUAACAUGGUGUUUUCAAUUGACAUAUUUGACACACUUUGACAAACAUUGCUACAUUGUGGAUGUUUAUUUAUACAGUAAUUAUCAUUCAACAUGUCCUUCUCUUGGAUUUUUACUCACAACCCCUUGGUUCACAGCAUUCUUCCUGCUACGUCACAAUAUCUGCGUCAGUAACCGAUUUAGACCCGAAUUGCUACACAUUGGACUUCAAAUCAAAUCCCAACCUUGUUAAAAAUACAGCCAAGAAAAGCGAUUAUAUUUAUCUUAGCGAUUCAGGAGUAACGUAAAAACAGAAUAAUAUACCCCACCAACAUUGGACAACUAUACAGAAGACCCUCAAAUUGCUGGAAUAAGUAAAUGAAAUCAAAGAUGUGAGAAUAGUCAGAAUAACUGAAGUUUUUCUAAAACACAUUUUCACAUGUUGAAUUGUCAAUCUUUGUAAGAACUUGUGACAAUCAAGAGCUGCGCUGUUAAAACCUCUUCAGGAUCUGACCCUUUUUUUUUUUUUAAUUCACCAAAAAUGACAUACCCAAAUCUAACUGCCUGUAGCUCAGGACCUGAAGUAAGGAUAUGUAUAUUAUUGAUACCAUUUGAAAGGAAACACUUUGAAGUUUGUGUAAACGUGAACUUAAUGUAGGAGAAUAUAACACAUUAGAUCUGGUAAAAGAUAAUACAAUUUUUUUUUACCAUCUUUGAAAUGCAAGAGAACAGCCAUAAUGUAUUAUUACAGCACAGGCGCAACUUAUUUUGGCCACUAGAUGGUAGCAGUGUAUGUACAGCAAAUUGCAGAAAUGUAUUCUUGCCAGCCUCCAUUAUAUCCACAGAUGUGGUGGCACAGUGGGAACUUCAGGUAGCUAGCAACCAAGAGGUUGUGAGUUCAGAUCUUAGUUAAGUGAGGUUGAGUCCUAAGUAAUCAGCAUACUGUCCUUUAACAUUAACACAUGGAUAUAGCUAAUAAAAUACCGUAAAGAGUUGUAGAUUUACUUUUUCACUGCAACUAUAGACAAAAACCUUACAGGAUCAUUACACAACGUUCUAAGAACGUCUUUAAAAAACGUCGUUGUGGAUGUCCCUGCAACAAACCGGGAACUACACAAAACAUGCAGGGGACCAUGACUGCUGUAAUUAAUGUAAAUUAUGUCUUUCAAAGUAAAAUGUUCUAAAUUACAUUUCACACCUGGGUUUUCAUAUGUGCCCAUAAUGUUUCAUCUCCAUGUUGUCACAUUUAUUUCACAUUAAUUUCACAUGAGAUCAUGUUCUUCCAUGUGCUCACAUGUUGUCGCGUAGUUUUAUGUCAUGUUGCUUCACAUGUUGACACAUUAACUUCACAUUAAAUCACAUUUGAUCACA